UCCAGGAGGGCAGCAACUGAGAACAUCAAGACUCACGUAAUGCAGACACUGGCAUCAGCAGCAGCUCUGCAGAGAGCAGAGAAGAUGGCCCUCCGGGUAGCUUUUAUUCUUUUGGUGGCUGCAUUCUGCCCUGCUGUCCUCUGCCAACAAGAUGGAACAUUGGGAAAGGAAACCACAGUCCAGGAAGAACAAAACAAUGAGACAAAAGUGGACAGUCUAACCCUGGCCUCCAUCAACACCGACUUUGCCUUCAGCCUCUACAAGCAGCUGGCUUUGAAGAAUCCAGAUAAAAACAUCGUCUUCUCCCCAUUCAGCAUCUCAUUUGCCUUGGCAGUCCUAUCCCUGGGAGCAAACAGCAACACCAUGGAAGAGAUUCUGGAAGGUCUCAAGUUCAAUCUCACAGAGACCCCUGAGGGAGACAUCCACAGGGGCUUUGGGCACCUCCUGCACAUGCUCAGCCAGCCAGGGGACCAGGUGCAGGUCAGCACAGGCAGCGCCAUGUUUGUGGAAAAACGCCUGCAGAUCCUGGCAGAGUUCAAGGAGAAGGCAAGGGCCCUGUACCAGGCUGAGGCCUCCUCCACUGACUUCCAGAAGCCUCAUGAGGCCAAGAAGCUCAUCAAUGACUAUGUGAGCAAAGAGACCCAUGGGAAGAUCAAGGAACUGAUCUCAGACCUGGAUGACAGUACGUUAAUGGUGCUGGUGAAUUACAUCUACUUUAAAGGAAAAUGGGAGGAACCUUUUUUCCCUGAUUUCACAUUUGAGUCUGACUUCCACUUGGACAACAAGAGGACUGUGAAGGUGCCCAUGAUGAAACAUAAGAUUCUGACCACACCCUACUUCCGGGAUGAGGAGCUGUCCUGCUCAGUGGUGGAGCUGAAGUACACAGGCAAUGCCAGCGCCCUGUUCAUCCUCCCUGACGAGGGCAAGAUGCAGCAGCUGGAAGACAGCUUACAGCCAGAGACCCUGAGUAGAUGGAAGGACUCUCUGAGACCCAGGAUCAUCGAUGAGCUCUUAUUGCCCAAGUUCUCGAUCUCCACGGACUACAGCAUGGAGGGCAUCCUUUCACAGCUGGGCAUCAGGGAAGUCUUCUCCAUGGAGGCUGACCUGUCUGGGAUCACAGGGGACAAGGACCUGAGAGUCUCUAAGGUGGUCCACAAGGCUGUGCUGGACGUGGGUGAGACGGGCACAGAGGCAGCGGCUGCCACAGGACUCAGGAUGGUGGGAUCAGCUCUAAUUAUGAACCCUCUGGAAGUAUGUUUCAACAGGCCAUUCCUGAUGAUUAUCUAUAACACAAAUACUCAUACUCCACUCUUUAUGGCCAAAGUCUCAAAUCCCAAUGAAAAGUAGAACAUCCCAAGUGUUGAGGCUUCUUCCCUGGAGCCAGGGAUUAAGACUGUAAGUGUGUCUAUGUGUAAUUUUGCUUCCAUGCUCUGAUUGGCUGAGGCACGCCUGUAUGGAACAAUGAGUGAAUACUUGUUUGAUGCUGAUGUGCAUAGGGGCCUGUGGACAGUCUGUAUUGGGCUCCCAUUCCUCUUGGCAUCACCAUCUCAUGUUCCUGUGCCUUGAAACUGUCUUUGUGGCCCUCCCUGAUGCCACUCCAGUAUCUGUCUCUACCCAAAAGGCCAGCCCCUGUCUAGGCUCUGGUUAUGUCUGCCUUCAGUGUCCAAGCCUCAUGGGAUUAUACAAGCAUAUAGGCCAAACAUGUGGCCCUCAGCCCCAGAACUGAGAAGGGAAACUGCUGCCCUGAGUCUGUUUCCAGCAUCCGGUACCACUCGGUGCCCAACACCUGCCUCACACUUUCUCUCUUGCACCCACUGGCCCUUCAGGGGCUCCUCAUACUUCCCGCUUCUGGCACAGUGUUGGGAGAGCUCAUUCCUGCAGCUUCGUGGAGCCUGCUGGUCUGAUCGGCUCCUUUCCCCCUUCAACACCUACUUAGGUCAGAGGAGCCUUUUUCUAGGUUCCCAAUGACCCCCUCACAUCACAAAAGGACGUCUCCACCAUCCCUACUCAGAAUGCAGGGAUUGAAGCAAAUGAUCAAUAAACACAUUACUGCAUGGAAAA